UUAAAUCUUAAAAUUUGAAAAAAAAAAAAAGUUUGAGAAAGCUUGAAGAUUGAGCGACUCAUUUCCUAAUCCCAGUCUUAACCAUCGUUACUCUCUCCACUGUGACACAGAUCUCGUCUUCCUUCUCCAAAUCGCCUCUCUUAUUCUCCUCUCCUCUCAUCAGCAUUCUCAGAAAUGAGCACACCCACGACGUCCGCGAAGCCAACAAGACCAGCAAGGUCAUCAAGCGCAACAUCUUCUAGGUCAUCCUCCAAUCCCAAUCCCAGUUCCCUCACUUCGUUCCAAGCCAUGGUGGAGCAGAAGCAGAAGAUCCUCACCUCCAUCUCCAAACUCGCCGAUCGAGACACCUACCAGAUCGCCGUCGAAGAUCUCGAGAAAACGAUCCAAUCCCUCACCCCCGAAACCCUACCCAUGUUCCUCAACUGCCUCUACGACUCCUGCUCCGAUCCCAAACCCUCCGUCAAGAAGGAGUGCCUCCACCUCCUCUCCUACGUCUGCAGCCUCCACUCCGACUCCACCGCCGCGCAUCUCACCCGGAUCAUCGCGCAGGUCGUCAAGCGCCUCAAGGACUCGGAUUCGGGAGUCAGGGACGCGUGUAGGGAUACGAUCGGGGCUCUGUCGGGGAUUUAUCUCAAGGGGAGAGAGGAAGGGAGCAAUACGCUUGCGGUGGGGUUGUUCGUUAAGCCGUUGUUUGAGGCUAUGGGUGAGCAGAAUAAAGUGGUGCAAUCUGGUGCGGCGGUGUGUAUGGCUAGGAUGGUGGAAUCGGCUGCUACUCCUCCCGUUGCUUCUUUCCAGAAGCUUUGCCCUAGAAUCUGCAAGCUUUUGAGUAAUUCUAGUUUCUUGGCUAAAGCUUCCCUUUUGCCCGUCGUUUCGAGUCUCUCUCAGGUUGGAGCCAUUGCGCCUCAGAGCUUGGAGUCGUUGCUAGAAAGUAUUCAUGAUUGCCUUGGAAGUACAGAUUGGGUAACACGAAAGGCUGCGGCUGAGACCUUAACCGCAUUGGCAUCACAUUCUAGCAGUUUGCUAAAGGACAGAACAGAUUCCACUCUUGCGGCGCUUGAGACCUGUCGGUUUGACAAGAUUAAACCUGUCAGGGAAAGUGUGACAGAGGCCCUACAAUUAUGGAAAAAGAUUUCUGGAAAAUCUGUAGAUGGUGCUCCAGACGAGUCAAAGAGUUCAUCUGGUGAGCAGCUUGGUUCAGAGAAGAACGGGGAUAAAAGGUCUAAUCUAUCUGAUCUAAUGAAAAAGGAGGCAUCCAAUGGUUCAAUACUCUUACCUGAUUCUGCUUCUAAGGCAAAAGGAGGUCUUCCUGAAAAAGCAGCAGUCAUGUUGAAGAAGAAAGCACCUGCGUUAAGUGACAAAGAGUUUAAUCCUGAAUUUUUCCAAAGACUAGAAAGAAGGCAGUCCGUGGAAGUAGUAGUUCCUCGUAGAUGUAAAAAUGAAGAUGAGGAAGAAUCAGGACUCGAUGAUCUCAAUGCCAUGGGAUCUUCAAAUCGCUUCAAGAACAUCCAAUCAAAUGAUCAUGGAUUUCCAGAGUCUGCGAGUGAUAAACAGGUAAAAGGUAGGUCUGAUGGGAACAUAUCACAGGCAGGGACAUCUGCUGAUGAUAAGGCUGGCGUUGUAAAUGGAAAGCAGACAGCCGGGAAUCACGCCGCUAUCUCCGAUACUGAUAAUCAUUCUGAAGGAUCUUUUACAAGUAACAGAGGAAAUUGGACAGCGAUCCAGAGGCAGUUAUUGCAGCUGGAGAGACAACAGACUAACCUUAUGAACAUGCUCCAGGAGUUUAUUGGUGGUUCACAUGACAGUAUGGUGACCUUAGAGGGCAGGGUAAGGGGUUUAGAGAGGAUUGUUGAAGACAUGGCAAGAGAUCUUUCAAUAUCAUCAGGUCGUAGGGGUAAUCCCACAGCUGGAUUUGGCAAAUAUAAUAGCUUUGCAAACUACUCCACUGGAAAAUAUAAUGGCCGAGGUCCAGGGGAGAGAGGCUCACAACCUGAUGGAGCUAUGAGGGGCAGGAUGUGGGGUUCUGACAUGCCGGAUGACUGGUUCAUGCAUCAACAUGGUGCUUCCAGAAACGGACAAAACGGGCCAAGAAGAUCACCCCGGUCGGAACAAUAUCAGAAUGAGCACAUGGGAAAUGGCAGGAGAGGUUGGGAUAAUAAAGCAGCUGGGACUAUUAGAUAUGGUGAAGGUCCCUCAGCAAGAAGUGUGUGGCAGGCAUCAAAGGAUGAAGCUACACUUGAAGCUAUUAGAGUAGCCGGCGAGGAUGGUGCAGUCACUCGUCCAACACGAGUUGCGGCUGUCCCUGAAGCUGAAGCCAUGGGAGAUGAAGAAGGCGAAGGGCAGGAACGUGACCCGAUAUGGAGUUCAUGGAGUAAUGCAAUGCACUCACUCCGUGUUGGUGACAUUGAUUCUGCUUACGCAGAAGUCCUUUGCGCCGGUGACCAGCACUUGAUCAUCAAACUGAUGGACAAGACAGGGCCUUCUCUUGACCAGAUGUCAAAUGAGAUUGCAAACGAAGCUCUUAAUUUCAUCGCCCAGUUUCUCCUGGAUCACAAUCUCUACGACAUUUGCCUAUCUUGGAUUCAACAGUUGCUGGAAUUGGUUUUACAAGACGGUGCAGACACAUUUGGAGUUCCAAUGGAACUGAAGAGUGAUAUCUUGUUCAACUUACAAGACGCAUGUUCAACCAUGGACCCGCCUGAAGACUGGGAAGGUCCAGCGCCGGAAGAGCUGGUGAUGCAGCUGGCUUCAGUUUGGGAAAUCGAUCUGCAACAAUUCGACAAGUAAACUUGAGUUUGUGAGAGAUUUUGUCUUUGUCUGUUUCUCUUCCAUUAAAUGUUUUCGUAAGCAAAUGUCUUUAUGUCUGUAAAAGAUACAAUAUUGUUGGAUCAGAGCUUGGCUUUAGUACCGUUGUUCAUACAUAAACAUAAGACGUAAUCAUGUGGUCUCUCUAUUUCAUAAUUUCAAUGUCGUUUUAAAA